ACACACAAACGUUACGAAUGCUGAUGCUUGUUUGCUUUAUGUUUCAGAGUAGAUGUGCCUAAAAAUUAAAUGUUGCUCUGAAGGCCGUAAAAAGUUACCAGCUUUAUUAAGAAAGGAAUUUCAUUUGAUGGAGGACGGCUGCAAGUAUAAGCGCCUUAGAUUUUAUACCCUAAAUCCUAGAAUGUCAGUGCAUGACUUUCUUAAUAAGUAAUCUGUGAUUACGUGAUCAUAGACCAGACUAUACGAUUGAGACUACGAUGAACACAAAACGAACGCCAGUGUGAAUGAUUUCGAGGUUCGUGUUUGUUUCACCCAUAGAAGAUGUAUUGGGAGCCCCUUUUCACAGGUUGAAAAUGACGGUAUGAUUGCCUCCAUUGCCUCUUUCGUGUUUAUGUCACAGGAGUCCAAAAUGACACAAACAUAGCCCGAGCCUGUGGGCAAAUUGUGUAUUUUUGGCGCAACUUUUCUAAUUGCAGCUUCACAACAAGAUGUUUGCCGACAACUCAUGGUGGCUUAUUGGACCCACGUCCGCCUUCGGACAGGAUUAACGGUCAUUCACAUAACGGUCGAUGCAAUCAAUGGUCGCGAUUGACCCAUAAGCCGAUAUAAAAUGCAAAUAAUGUCUGGACAAAGCCCCAUCUUCUGUCCAAAGCGUCCAGAGGAUUCCUAUUGUGGGUCGUGCAAAAGAAAUAUUCCCUCUGUCACAAACAGAGCAUCAGUGAGGCGUGCAGUGUUGACCCACGGCAGAGUCUUGAAAUAACAUCGACGGGGAUGAUGCAGGGCGUUGGAUACCGGGAGCAGUAAACAAACAACGGGGAGUGAGUCUCACUUUCUUGAUUUCUGACUUAGGACGAGUCACAACCAGGCAGAAACUUGAAGACUUGCAUCAGCAACACUUCUCCGACGAAAUUUUAAGCCAGGAGUGUAUGCUGAUUGAAAAGGACUACAUGAGCAACUGUGAAUGAUUGAGAUGAGAAAUGGAACGCGUGAAACUUUAAUGAGAGGCGUGCAGUUUUAAUGAGAGGCAGUUGACCAUCGGUUGUGAUUGUGCUUCAACUUUCACAGAGAGUGUGGCCAUCCCGAAUCGGUUACUGAUAUGGACAUGAUUGGCUUCUGUCUUGAAUCUGAAUGAAAACCCUUUCGUUGCUAUAGGAUUUAUCCUGUUUUGUCGUCAACUUGGGAUCAGUACAGGACAAGAGUGAUCGAUAUAAGCCCAGCUAGUCUUCAGUGUUUACCAGUAUGAGUGGAAUUUUGUAACCAACAAACAUUAGCUAAAGUGAACUUUGUUUUCUUGCUGGAUCUCCUUUAUCGAUACCUUGAAGAUGGAGGCUAUUCAACAAACCAGCCCUUGAAUUCAAGAAGCUUAAGUUUGUUCAAAGUUACAAACUCUGAACUGUUACAAAUAGGCAAAAAAGAAGAAGAAUAUUUAAUGUUUUCUGAGUAACCCAAGAGUUGUUCACGGCUGGCAGAAGUUGGAGUUGUCCGGAAGAUGUCUCUCUUGAAGUUAAUCAAAGCGUCGCAGAACAAGGAAGCAGCUAGCGCUGAAGAAGCCGAAGCAAAUGGGGUCCCUCCUCCUCCGGCUUCCGAUGCCGCCAGCACCUCAGAACCAGGCGACAACCCGGCCCCGUCCUUCAAGGGAUUCGGCCGCAAGAUGUCGGUGUGGUCCACGGUGGCUCGUAAACUCUCCGUCUCGACAACUGCGAGCACCAAAACAGUGAACAAGCCCACCAUAACGCUACCCAAGAAGCGGUACGAGAACUCGUAUCGUACGCAGCCGGAUGACAGCACCACCUUCAACGGACCCCAGGUGGAGAAAUUCCUGCUGGAGCUCUUGGAGAUGCGACUCAAGACGGAGAAGUACGACCCGCGGAGCUGCAGCUCAUUGACGACCAGCCUGGCGGACGUCAUCAAAGCUCGCACCAAGAAGAUGGGUUUCCGUAGACAUCGGAUCGUGGUGUACGUGGUGGUAGGGGAGAAACGCGACCAGGGCCUGCAGGCGUGCGGCCGGUCCGUCUGGGACGAUAGGACCGAUAACUUUGUGACGGUGACAUACGAGAACGCGUCCAUGUUUGUGAUUGCCAGCGUCUACGGAAUCUAUUACGAGUGAAAUGCAACAAUUUUUAUUCGUCGAAAUCGUGGACGAAAACUGGACAACAACAAGGAUAUUUAGGAUGGCACCAAUGUUUAUCAUGUUUUCCCCAACAUUGUGACUGACCCAAACUUUGGAAUUGUUUGUCUCUCCUUGCCCGAUGUCGUUGCUCUUAUUAACCGUGUGUCCUGAACUCGAUGAUGAGUUUGUCUAAGAAUUCGGUACGGUUGUAAAACAAAAACAAUUGAUGCCCAAUUUGAUGAUUGAACCAUUUUUGGUCCAACUCGAUUUCACUGAACAAUAAUUUGAAAAUAGAAGUCUUUCAUGGUGGACUUAAUGAACAAUAAUGGAUGAAAUUCUACAGGCCAUGAUGAACUAACAUUGGAAAACUGCUUCACAAAAGUUAACAAACAUUUUCCUUUGUUUAUUUAAUUUUUUUUGUAUAAACGGUAUUAUUAUUAUCAUUGUCUUCAAUGUAAAGAAUCAGUAUUGCUUUAGAUCAAACUCAGUAGAAUCUUGUUCCAUAAUAAGGCCGAGUAAAAAACACCAGUUGAUCGUCCGUUUUUUUCAAAAAGGGGAGGUUGAGGGCCUUUUUAUUUAUUUUUUGAAAAAUAGGCCAAAAUAGCCAUAUUUAGCUUACACGAUAAGUGCCUUAAAAAGGAGGAGACCCAAUUUUAUUUGAUAGUUCUGGGUAGUUGUUUACUAGUUGAUGACCACAAAACCUCCUUAUAAGUGCUUAUUAAACAUAAGUAAAGCUAUAAGAAGCAUCUGAAAUUUUGAAACAUUAAAAAAAAUUAUGCCUGAUAUUAAAAAAAGAAGAUGCAGCCCCCCCAAAAAGGAAGCGGGCGGGGACGAUCAAAUGGUAUUUUUUGACUUGGCCUAAGCUACUUUGUAGAUGACAGCGCAUAUAAGAACAGUCUUAAGCAACUCUAUUUAAUCCUCCGGAUUCUUCUCUUGUUACGGAUUAGCCCCAGGGGUUCCGAAUCUAAUUAAAUCCACACUGAGGAUCGAUUACCGAACUGGAUCGAUACGGCUUAUUGAUCGAUGCUUAAUUAGGUUGGAAACUGCAAUAACUUCUACGCAGUAUAUUUUCAUUGUUGCUAAUGUUUCCGAGAUAAUGUGUGUGUUCAAAUUGUAGAUUGCACUGCAAAAACUGUAGUGUUAAUUUAACACCAUUCGGUAUCUAUAUAUGACAACACCAGUACAAUUUAACACCAGAUGGUCCUAUAUGGUGUAAAUUUAACACAGUUUUUGCAGUGUGUCAGUGAAGAGUGAAGUUUACGUGUAUUUUUUUUAGUCACUUGCAAGAUGUUAAUACAUUUGAUGCAAAAAAGAAAAUUGAGUCCUAAAUGUAGAAUAAAACAUUAUUUUCAUGUCGUUUUUGGAUUUGUUCGUGUUUAAACCUUGAUCAUGAAGUAGCUAGACUGGUGCCUCCUCGGCCAGAUGAAGUAGGGUACUGAUAAGGAAUAUGGUGAAUAAAUAUCAAUGAACAUUU